AUGGCUUCCCCGUUCCCGGCCGGCAACAGCGGCGGGGAGCCGAGCUCCGGGGAGGAGUCGGCCGGGCCGGAGGAGGAGGCCCGGGCGCUGGCGGAGCAGUUCGAGCGGGCGGCCGAGCGACUGCCGGGGCUGAUGCAGGCGGCUAGUAGGGAGCAGCUCCUCUACCUGUACGCCAGGUACAAGCAGGUCAAAUUUGGAAACUGUAACACUCCAAAGCCCAGUUUCUUUGAUUUUGAAGGAAAGCAGAAAUGGGAAGCAUGGAAAGCGCUGGGAGAUUCAAGUCCCCACCAGGCUAUGCAAGAAUACAUUGCCACAGUGAAGAAACUGGAUCCCAGUUGGAAUCCUCAGACACCAGAGAAAAGCGGAAAGGAAGGAAAAACUGGGUUUGGAGGCCCAGUUGUCAGCUCGCUGUAUCAGGAAGAAACCAUCAGGGAGGAAGACAAGAACAUAUUUGAUUACUGCAGAGAAAACAACAUUGACCAUGUAACCAAAGCCAUACAAUCAAAAAAAGUGGACGUGAAUAUGAAAGAUGAAGAGGGCAGGGCUUUGCUCCACUGGGCAUGUGAUCGAGGACACAAGGAGCUGGUCUCGGUACUGCUACAGCAUGCGGCCAAUGUUAACAGCCAGGAUGACGAAGGCCAGACAGCACUGCAUUAUGCCUCCGCCUGUGAGUUUUUUGACAUUGUGGAGCUGCUGCUGAAGUCUGGAGCUGACCCCACCCUCUUGGACCAAGACGGCUGCCUGCCUGAAGAGGUGACAGACUGUAAAGCAAUCACUUCCAUGCUGCAGCAGCACACAGUUGGGAAAACCUAACCAGAAGGAUUGCACCAGCACGGGGCUUCAAGAAUGGACAGAAACGGCAAUAACCCCCUCCAUUCUAACCCCCACAACCCUCUUUAAUAUGCAUUGUUUUUUGAGAGCCGGGCAUGACGUUUGGGAGGGCUGGGUGCCCGGCAAAUCUACCAGCAUAAGUCUUUGGAAGGAGAGAUAUGGGAAGGAUUAUACACUGCAUAAUAGGAUCCAUUUUUGCAUGCUCUGGAAUUUAUUACUGCUCUGGGUGGGUGGGGGGACUCAGAUAACAUUUGACUAUAUUUAGACGCCGCUGCUCUUCUGAAAAAUAUACAUGACUAGUGAGAGGUGAACAAAUCAGCACUGAAGAUUCAGAUGUGACCAGAUGAGAUCUGUGGAAAUCAGGUGUGGUACCAUUGAGAGAAGCUGAGCUGUAUUUCCCUUGACCCAGACAAAUACUAUCAAUAAAAGAGAGAGC